AGGUGUAGUAGUUGCGCCCACAGUUCUUCUGGGCAAUAGCGAGCGCGCAUGUAAGGUUCGCCUAGAGUCUCUAUACGCUGCGAAAAUAAAUACUACUCCAUACCCCAGAGAGACAGGAAACAAAGGCAAUCGCUUCUCGUCGAACGCACGGCGGGCAGCAGCGGCGGAGCGAACAUGGGCGACAAAUUGGGAACGUGGCACACGUAAAUAUCUGGCACCGCUCGUCUACGUUCGUCUUCGUACGCACGGGACGGAGGCCAUGCCGGCGGUUGUUGAAUCGGCGGCGGUUUCGACCGUCCUCAGCGUGGAAUGGGGCCCUGAUGGGGUUUGGCCGUCGCCAUUAGCAGAAGAACAGCCACGCCCUAGCGCAUCGAGAAAAGAGAUGGAGAAACCCCGCUUGGGAUACUCUAUCUUCGGGGACAAGAUUGUAGUUUGGCAAGGCGGCAGUGUUUGGCCAGGUAUGUCUUUGAGACGACGGCCCCAACGGGUGCGUCCAAACCGAUCGCACGCCCUGCAGUCGAGUGCUGCGGAGGACGUGCUUGACCUGCGGCACGUACCACGCCCGUUUUCGUCCUCACAAACCUCAGCCUCACGGACCAGAACGCACCUGUCACAGCCGCGCUCGGUAGAGGAGCAACUUGGUGUCUGGUCGUUUGUGGAAGGGGACAGGGCUGGUAGCGAGGCCUCACUUCGCACCUCGGCGGUCGCGUGUCACGACACGGAGGCUACCACAGGAAAGGAGGUGAAGCAAAAUCGAACCACAAAGCCAGACGCGAGCGGCAUUGGAGAGGAGAAAAAGGCGGAGCAAAGCGAGGGUGUGGAUGUGCCGCCCCCUGCUGCUUCGGCAGGAUGCGUGCGCGGAGAAGCACAGGAAGAAGAGCUUGAGGAAGAGGCGCCUCCACCUUUGAAUGCCGCGCUGGCAAAUUUUGCCCAGCGCAAAGUAGCGGAGGAAAACUCUGCGAAACAGCAGCGGCUUUGGCAAGAAGAAGAGACCACGGCGGCUCCGUCUGAUAGCUUGGCACCACCGCGGAAUAAAGAUGUAGGAAGUACGGAAGAAGAGACAGCUGCGGUCAAUGCAGAGACUUUGGGAUUGGAUCCAGCAUUCGCUCCUACCGCAGAGUGCCAGGAUGCAGGCGCGCUGCUUGAGGCGGAGGACAUGCGGCUCCAGCUGGAGAUGCCGGAAUUCAAUCCUGCCCUAGCACGUUUUGCGAAUCGAGCAAGGCUGACAUCGGACGGUGGUGUGGUGGAAGAGCCUGACUCACGCACAGGUUACACAACACUGAUCGAGGACUCUGCGGCUCCAGUAGAUGGACUGACUUGCGCCGACAGCGACCUGCAACAGACGGAAAAGGAUAUCACGCCACCACACCCUGAGCCUGACCCGUCAUCACGCGAGCCGGGAAAUGCGACGGACCCAACACUACUGGAUAGCGUUCACGCAAUGGAGCAGCGCGCUGACCUAAAAGAGGAUCCGCCCUCCGCGGACACACAGGCGGAACAUUCGCUGUCGCGAACGAAUUUGGAUAUUGGACAGGAGACGAUGCUAACCGAUGGAAUUCAUAUUAACGGCUUGAAGAAUCCAUCCUCCGGAGCAUUCGAAAAAUAACUCUGCGCGACAUAUCUGCUCUGCUGAUUCCCUGGCCUUGAAACAUAGCGCCAACAUGACAGAGGCGAUGACGAUAAUGCGUUUGUAGCUACUGCGCGAAUUAUCGCAGGCGGCACGAAUCGUUUGGGCUUCUGGAUUUUUUUUUGAAUUUGCGAAUUGCAAAUUUUUAUGGCAAAUCAAUGCGCUGCUAAAAUACUGCGGCAAACUUCCAAUUUGCUGCAAGUUUUUGGCGUCGCAAGCAAUACUAUUGUUUCAAAAUUUUGGACGCGGCCUAAAAGAGUUGGCUCCUUUAGGAAUAGACUUAAUCCGGCCUGCUGUGGCGCGUUGGCGCGACGCAUAUUCGAACGCGGCACAGCAAAUUUGCAGCAAAGUCGCAACAAAUUUGCAGCAAGUUUGCAACAAAUUUGCGGGAAGUUUUACUUUAAGCAAGUUUCUAGUUGCGCGCCCCGCGGAGGCAGGAAGCUUCCCGGAAGCUUGCGAGCGGGGGCCGCGCAUGAUCUCGACAGAUCUGACGACUUCGUGUGGCGCAAAGCUAGCCGCCUGCGUCUCUUUUCUUGUUCAACAAAAAAGCCGCGGGCAGUAUUUUUCGACAACGGCCAGAGUGGAUACUUUAAACCGUUAAUCAUACCAUGCCGCCGCCAGCAAACUCCCCAAGCGUUUCGGGGUCCUCCAGGCGGCUGAAUGUGCGCUCUUCAUUUGAACCGACAAUAGGGGGAAAAAGUAAAAGCAUAGGUCCUAACAAUAGUGCGACUCGUCAUGGCACGUAUCCACGAGGGAUGACUGUGAAGGACGAUACCACAGCUGCGAAUGUGUUUCGGUCGCUAGCCAAUUCGCCUGCAUGGUUGAUGCUAUCACAGUUCGAAGAACGGGACAUUUUGAAUUUUACGAACGAGGGAUCUGCUACCCCGGCUGUAGCAAGACCUUCAUCAGGGGGGCGGAGAUUGCAAGAGUAUCAGGAAAAGCAACAACGAAGCGGAUUUUCGUCUGCGGGAAGUCGCGCGGUGAAAAAGGGUGAGAUACGGACAGAAAGAGUGGCAUUUCACGACGGCGAGGAGGUUGCAGGCAGACUGUCGGAGACGCACGACCUUCUUGGACAUGCGUCUCCUUCGGAGUCAGAAAUGCAGGGCGUGCAUGGAGCAGGGCGCGAGCUAUUCCGAGAGAUAUGCAGCCCUGUUUCACCGUCGGGAGGAACCGAGAGCCUCCAACACAGCAGCGAGGUGACGGCUGCCUGCAUGCUCUCGGGGCGGCUUCUGUUAAGCGCAACAGAAAGCGGGCACUUGACUCUGUGGGACGUCGAAUCGCACACGAAGAGGGCAACCGUGCAGCUCGAUGCAGUUGUGCAAAAAUCCGAGCGCGCAGCUCGACUGCGUAGGCAGGCCGAUGCGCAUCGGGGGGGAAAAGGAAACCAAACUGGAGAUCCUUGCUUUGCUGCAGCAGUGUGGAUGCGGGAGAACGUCACGAAUAUUCGGCAGACCGAGCACGAUUUGAGGGAGAAGAAUGAAGAGGAGCAGUUGCGGCGAGAGUGGAAGCAAAAGCGCCGAGCGUCUACAAGUCCGGGGAAGCUUCGCACUGGCCCCUCCGCCGCACAGCUGGGCGCUGAACUCCAAGCGCCGGCUCCACUGGCGGAGCGCGUCGAUACCGCACCGACACCAGGGCAUUGCGGCCAAUCCUCUGACUCUGUGGAAAGUUCUGCGUUCUCAAUAGAACCGAACGAGGCCAAGGCGAUUCGCAUUCAAAUAAUAGCACCGCAUCCCAGUGACGCGCGAUUCGUGCUGCUUGUCACAACAGGAGGUUGGGUGCUAUGGACUGAUAUCACGCUGACCCACGUUCGGGUGUAUUUGCAGCUAGACCCUAGCGCCGUUUCUCGCUCUCUGGCCGACCGUUACAAAAGCCACUUCCUAGUUCGGAAUAACAGCUACCCGAGUGUCGAAGAGGAUAAAACCGUCUCGCCUUCUGCACUGCUAGUUUGGUGGGAUAACCCCGCUACGCUACGGCGAAGACCACGGCAGCACGACCGCUAUCGCUUCGCUCUUGCGACGAAGACAGCACUACGUUGCUACGAUGUACAGAUUCCCGAACAGCCCCUCGCACUACCCGUGCCAGAGAGGCGACAUUCUUCGCGCUAUGUUGCUUUCUUUGAUCCUCCUCAAGAGUCAUCCUCAUGGGACUUGAGUCGAGACUUUUCCGAGCCGACUGAGUGCUGUUCGAUUCUCCAGGCAGGCAGCUGGGGCGAAGUCACAGCCAUGCAGUUUCACGACAGACUGUGCGUAAAAAGACUCGACGGGCCCCACCAAGUAGACGCUGCUCGCCAAUUGAUUUGAUGGAAGCAGAGCACUAGCUCCGCGUGUAUGUCCCUUUCGCUCCGAUGGAGCCUCCGGGAGAACCCUGCCCCCUUGAGAACCCCCGGAAGCAGCCUUGCUCCCCCCGCGUCCCCGACCCCCUUCCCUCCUGCCUCUGUGGCUCCGGCACCUGGAUUCCCCCUUUGUUGGUGCGCUCUAAACUCAGAACACAGCGAGGACGUUCGAAUUGGUUCAAGUUUCAGAAUCGGGGCGGUUUUAUUGGGUUCAACGCGAUUAGUAGCUGCAGAAAGUUUUGAAGUUCCAUUUUGUUCAUGUGAGUCAUUUCAGUGGUGUGGUGGUUUAGUUUUAGUUUUGUUCUCUCUUGCUUUUCGAUCUACGAUUUUUGUACGUUUUGAAAUUCCGAACGAUUUUAAAGUCUGAAUUUAGACCGAGGGGCUUGGUAUGGUGACCGGCGUCAACAUAUGUUGACACCGGUCAACAUACCAAUAGAAACCGACUCGAUUCCGGAACUUGAACCAAUUCGAACCUCCUCGCUGUGUUCUGAGUUUAGACCGCACCAACGCCCUUAUAUAUGAGAACGCGGCCCCUUCCGCCCGGCUACUCGUCCGGGAGCCCGGAAAAUGCGCCCCGGCCCGCGUUGAGCGAACCAGGAACCCGGCCUGUGGCUCAUCGCCCCGCCCGCCCCCGUCCCUCGGCCCCUUCCCGGGACCCCCCCGGCCCCUCGCCGCGGAGCGUACCUCUGCGAGUCCCCGCUUGCCUCCGACAGCCCGGGACCUAUUCGGGCGGCCCCACCUCGUGCGGCUUUCCUCCUCGCGCGAGCGGUGCGGCCCCUUUCGGGGGAGCCCCGGCCCCCGCUGCGGAGCCCGGCAUUCGUAACCCGGCCCGGACAGCCCAGCAGCCGCAGCGAGCGGGGCCCAGAGUGCGGGCAGCCAAGGCACACAAUUGCCUGCGUCGCUGUCGCAGCCACACGGCGCACAGGCUGAAAUCCGGGUGCAGACAUGCGGCACCCCCUUCCCUCCCCCAACGAAGGAGCUUCGGAGGCUGGCCCGGCAGCCGGCGCUGCGGGCGGUGGGCCGUGUAAGUAGGUACUACCGCGGCCGGCGCCGCCCGGUGUUUUGUUUCCUUGUAUCUUGGCGCCGGCCGCCACCCGGCGCUUUUCUUGGUCUCCGAGGAACCGCGGGAGCGGGCCCCGGCGCGGGGGCAGCCAUGCAUGUGCCGACGCUGGGCCCGCUUGGCCCGGGCCCGGGGGCAACCACAAGAAAAAACACGCGUGGGAAAGGCCCCCGCGCGUCGGCGCCGGGUGGUGUUGUGCGGGCUGCUUGACCCUGGCAUAUUGGCAGCCAAUCAAGAACAAGAGGGGCGUUGCUGCCGCACAAGUUAGGGAGCGGCAGCGGCGGGGGGCACGCAUAUUGCCCCAAGCGCCGUGCCACCGCGGCGGUCGGGGGGACGGUGGGCAAGAUGGCACACGCCCGCAGGUCGCGGCCACGCGCAGCCGCCCGGUGCGCGGCACGCAGGGAAGGCACUGCCCGCUCGUGCCAUCGCGUUUGUCUUCAGAGGGGCAGUGCCGCGAAGGCGACCCGGGCUUACGUUGGUUGGUGCAGGUGCUGCCGCUUGCCAGGCGUUGGAAGCCGUGGAGCGCAUGCAGGAAGGGGGGGCCGGCACGCCUUUUUCGUAGAUUCUCAGCCACCUCAGGGGGGGGGGCCGCAAACCGUCCGAACAAGGCGCAGAAAGAGGCGUGGAAUUUUUUAAACAGGAAGACCGCUAAGAUGCGCCGAGCCAGUCGCGCCCAAGAGAUGACAGUAAAUGGCCCGUAAGCUUGUUAUGCACGUAUUCUAGUACUCAGGGCCAGCGGUCGCGGCCGCAAAUGUUUUCUUUCAUUUUUGGGAAUCGGCGAAGCGCUGCGGCCAGGCCGGCUGGGGAAGCUGGGGGGCCAAAAACAAUUGGCGUCGUGUGUGCUAGGUCAGAAAGACACGCGCGGUCCUUGUGCUGCUUGCUCCCCGGAGGUGUGGCGAAUCCCCUUGCGGGUCUCGCGGUUCCCUAACACCAUGGAUCUGGUGGCCGCUCGCUUCCAGAUUUUUGCGUUUGCCUGUGUGCAGACACUGGGACUGAGAACAAAUCAAUGAUAGCCGCAACUUGGAGGUGGCCUGCUUUUGUUUUAUCACGGGUCUGUCUUUUUCUUGGCGGUCUCCAGCAGUGGACACUUGACGCUAUGGCUUCUGCAAGUCGGGUCCAAGAGUAUUUUGCCGCUAAAGCAAUUUCCCAAUCCAACAAGCGAGCUAUUCUUCUGCCCGAAGUUGGAGCUGGGUGUCCUAGAGUUUUUCCAGGUUGAGCCAGACCGAAGUGAUGAUUGGUGCAUGAAAUUCUCGCAACUUUCUCUGCGGUAAGUUUCUUGAUCGAUGGCCCACCAUUUGCGAUUUACUUACUUAACUAUGUAUACUAUCUAUUAAUAGCAAUUCCAAUGCCAUAGCCUACAAGCCUGGACGUGGGUCCUUGGGGGGCCUGCAGGGCUUGUUGUUGUCCGGAUCAAACUCGUCGUUUGCGGCUUCGCUUUGAAUCUCGCAAAAGCCGCGGGCCCUUUGUGGGCCCGCGUUAGAGUGCGCGGCUGUGCUUUCGAAGACACGCGCAAAAGCCCUGGACCCAUCGGGGGCCCGCGCUAGUGCGUCUGGUUGCGUUUCCAAAAGGACGCUCCGACAAACUUGCUUCAAAGUCGGAGGCGGCUGAACUCCGCGCCGUUUUUGCCGCGCGCGCGACGCCGAUCCCUCGCGACUUCGUUUGGCCGCUUCUGGUUUCGAGUUAGUCGGAGGCGGCUGAACUCCGUGGCUUUUUUUGUCGUGCGCGCGACGCCGAUCCCUCACGACUUCGUUCGGCUGCAUCUGGUUUCCCGAGCGACGGUCGUGUUGGCCUGCACUCCGAAGUGGCUGCGACCAGAAUCGGCCCGGCCUUUCCGUAAAGGUUGCUAACUCCACCCCCUCGCUCCUCUCGUGUCUGCCUCUGUGAGAGACCACUGCGAAUCAAAGCAAAAAGGCCUGGGGGUGCACGCGGAACGCUGUUGUGCAACGUACUUGGGACGAAUUUUAUGAAAUAACACGUGCCGAGCCCAGCGGGCUCGUGGCGGUCCCGCGCUCCAGGCUCCUAUACAGAACUACGCUGGCACGCAUCUGCGAUGAUAUUUGUUGUACCAAAGGCUUCACUUCUUUAUCGAAUGCUGCAGGUUUGACGCCGACGCAUCAGAGCUCACUUUUGCGCCACACAGAGUCGAGUGGUUUGCAGCUGAUACCGAAGUCCUUGCGGCCGUUGUUGAGGAAGUAAGGGAGCAGUAAGUGCCGACUUGUGAAAAGUAUUCGCUUUUGUCUAACAUUCCAUCAGCAACGUUUCAGGCAAGGCGCGUCACGUGCUUUCACCUUAACCUUGUUGUGGAAACUCGUCCUGUCUUCCGUGUUUGUGCCGGUUGCAGCAGGGUGCAUUUUCCUGAGUUGCGAUGUUUCUGUUUGUGUUUGUCAGUCUUCAAUGCAAAGUGAAGGUGAGGGCACUUAAACACUAGAGGCCACAAAGCUUCGAAGAGUCUGACCUUUUUGUACUAUGAAAAUAUGUACGUUAUUAAUGCCGCAAGGCGGUCGCCAGUAUCGCAUCGUCGUCAUUAAGACGUGGGUCACAUGUUGUACCAUUUCAGAAACACUACUAGGCAGCUCGCACACAGAUUUUCGCUUGCCACGGCAAUUUUAGCAGACUGCCGAAGAAGCUCAGUCACGAGUUCUCCCUCUCGCCUGUGAGUUCUUGGGGGGCCGGCGUAAAUCUGCAACUUCUCGCCAGAUGAAUUUUUGUGAAUGCGAAUCGGCAUGAUUAUGACGAUUCGACGCAUGUCAUCGCGCAUGAAGGAGUACUCGAAGAGGGUCUAUGGACUGCCGCGAAGCUUAUUUUACUUUUUGCCAAGUGCCGCCUCCUAUCCUCAUCUUUUGAUCCAUUGCAAAUGGAGCUACAACUCGCGCCACAAUAAAUUUGCGUUCCUCCAGCGUUGCACUAGACGACGCGAGCGCAUGCUUUGGGCCGUAGAUACAUGUUAACGAACACCAGCAGACGUCUUUGAGACGUGCUCUCAGUCACAGGGUGGCUCCAGGGUCAGUACUUUUUCGACAUGACGCAUGCGAGUUUAUAUAUUCAUUUGCAUAGAACGUGGUCUACAAAUUAAUUUCCGGCAACAUAUGCUGUGAGGAAGACUGCAUCCGGACCGGCCCACCUUGCAUGCUCGGGCUGGUCGAGGGUCUCGGAUGUCCUUGUGGCACAGAAGAGUCGCUCGGGGCGACGUUCUUGGUCCGACAAAAAAUGAAAAAAAGAGCGGACACUCGCUACGCAGAAUGUCCUUGCUGUUGCUGUUUCAUGUUGGCAAAAGCUAGCACUCGCAAGACCGCGAAUGUUGCGGCUUCAUAUGGAACUGCCUCUACGGCGACCCGCCCCGGACGCAUGCGGGACCACAUGAGCAUGCGAAAACGCCUAUCAUGCACAAUAAUGGGCCCACCAUGGCUGUUGCAGACUGACAUUCCAGUUUCGGAAAUUGAUCAGAGAAACUGAAGUGCCAUUGUAGACUGUAGAACGACGCCGGAAGUACAUCAGCAUUUUGUUUUCGGGGAAGCACACAACAGAAAGAACCGAGAGUCUGCGGGAAAUGUUUGACUUCUCCGCAGCGGUUCUGUCCCGGCUUCUCAGAGGGUGCGCUGCCCCGCAGGGGGCCCUUUUCCACUUGGGCCCCCCGAAUACUAGGCAUGCGCCAUCCACCGUUCGGGGAAGCGCUUCCCCGCACGCGUCCUCUGCCUCGCACCGGGCGACCCGCACGUCCAUUGCUCUGUAGCUCGAUUUAGCAGGGGGUGACUCGGACGGUUCGCAGCCUUUAGAGAUAUUCUUUCUCCAGGGCGGCGCCGCUGCCACGACUAGGGCCGCCCCCCAUCGCUCGGCCGGCUCCCAGCGCAGAAAAGUAUCGCUUUCCCGGUUGCAAGUGGCGCCCAGGGGAGGCACUUCUCGGCCGGGUGUGGUCCGCCCGAGCCAUCUUGGCCCCAGCGGGAGAGGGGAGGCCGGGACCUGCCCCCGACCCGCCCCCAUUAGGGUUGCUGUCGCUGCGGUUCGGGGCCCGAGCAGUAUCCAGUGCAAAAGUAUCGCAUUUGCAUAAAUCGAGAAGGUAUUUGCAUGGAACGUGACACAUCUACACGCAAACUUUUGCGGUCACUGUUGUACUACUAGGUAAAAAAGUACAAGUGCAAGGCUGUUUGUAGCCUACGCGAAUUGGAAUUAUACUGCCACCCUUCCCCAUCGAGUUUCCCUACGAACUUGGCACGAACUUCGGAGCCAACUUGUUAGGAACUUCCGAGCUAGUUCGUGAGUUACUCGAGCAUGGAACUCAUAGGAGUGCGAUAUUUCUGCACUGGAUAGGUGGCCUGUCCGUGGCGACCCGCCGCGGGCCCCUAGAUGCCCUCAAGUGCGGCGCGCCGGCCCGCAAAGGUAGCUCCUCGCCCCGUUCGCAGAUUCUGUCGCCGCAGUUUGUUGAGAAGUCGUCGCAGAAAGAGGCUUUCAUUCUUUGUAAAACCCGCGCAGAAUCCGCUGGAAAAGUCUGUCGACGAACCAAGAUGAUAAAUAGCCCCGCGGGAGGGGGAGCAGGGGCUUAACGGGUGCAGAGAGCGUGGCGCCAGCGCAGCAACCCGGGGGAGACUAGUUUAUGUCGGGGCUCCAGCGUCGACGCUUGGACGCCGGGGCCGGGCCACUACAGGAAUGGUUUCCCCGAGACUUCGCAAAGGCCCAAGCGCACCCGCUUGCCCCCCAAUUUCCCUUGAGACCAUUCGUGCAGGUCCUCGGAAAGUCGUUGAGGCCUCCCAGGCCGUUCAGAUGCACUCGCUGAGAUGCAGCCGUUGAGAUCCCUGUAUAGCAACCAACUAUUGCCCUGCUUUCGUUUUUUGGCUCUGUGGCGUAGAAAAGUCUAUGCGGCUUUAUAAAAAGAUAUGAAGCUGUUUGUUUGAAUUCUGAAAUAAUAUUUACGCGGUUGUAGAACUGGGAGACUCGGGUGGCAAAAAAAGUCCUCUGGGUGCGACAUUUUUGAACAUGAUAGCGCAAGCGUGCCGACCAUUUUCGACCUGCUGAAGGCAGCAAGCCGCCUCCGCAGCAUUGUCCAUUGAAGGGGCACAUAAUUCCACUAACCAUGACGCGUGGACAGCUAUUUCUUCUGUAUCCCGGGCUACACACAUUCGCGCGCGUUCGUUUCGUUUCCCCAGCGAGUAACCCAAAUAUAACUACCAGGUAAGGCAAUUUCUUGUGAGAAAGUGACGCUGUCAGACCUAAAAAUCCCAGGAAGUCAAUGGAUUCACUCUUGUACCGGAAUCGCAGUUGUGAAAAAAAAACACCAGACAGCCGGCACACCGUUCGGCUUGCGGGUGUUUUUUUUCUCUACCCCGAUGUCCGCCCAAAGCAAGGAAUUUACGGGCCGGGAAGCCAGGAAGUGCUGGCCGGUACGCCCGCGCAAAUUUGCCAACCACCAGGCACGAGCCCGCUGGGCGUUUUGGGCCAAAUAUUGGCCAGCAAGCCUGCGCAGAUUUGCAGCCUCGGGGCUUUUUUGUAGAGGACCCCGGAGAGGAUUCCCCAGCCCCACGGCCGGAAUUCCCUGCUCCAUCCAAUUUGGCCCGUUUGCCCCGACCGUCGCGGGGUGGCACGCGGGGGCAAAGUUUGGGGAUGGGCUUUGGCAGAGGUUUCCGGCAGGGCGGGUGAUCCCCCCAGGCAACGGAGAACUCCACUCCAGCCGGGCGAGGCCCCGGGGGGAUAGCGCAUCACCCACUGGCCGGGGGAACCGCCUGGGUACGGAAGAGCCCCUGAAGACCCGGGGAACACCCGGGGAAAGGGGGGUCCCCGGACUGCGAGCGAGGUGAGCACCAAAGGUUUUGCCCAGCCCCGGGGGUGCGGUGACAUUUUUUGGUUCCUGGUUUUAUUAAGGGUACAAUCCAGGCCACAUUACUUGGCGUCACGUUGGUAGCGUCAAGCUUAAAAUAGAAUGAACGUAUAUUGAAUCUGCUGCCCGCUCAGAGUUUUAGUUUUUCAUGCGACUCUGCAGCACUCACGCAUAAACUUUUGCAUGUUUCAAGUCUCAAGACUUUCAUGGGCUCACGCACAUCCGAGAUCGCGAGGGCGAAGAGGGGGUCUCCAAGCCGAAAAAAAAUGAAUCAAGUUAGCAGCGUAGGGGUCUAGGGUUUCAGGUUUCUGGCCGUCGGCCAGGGUGGCUGACGUCUCUCUUCCGUGCCGUGGUUGCGUCGAUGCGUGCCCGGAGCCUUGCUUGCCUUCGUGUUAAAUUUCUCCCGAGUGUCCCCCCUUGUCUCUGUCGCCCAGUACUUCCUUGUCCGGGACAGCAUUCCGAUGGGCCUUUUGGGCCGCCCGGUGUUCGUUUGGACCGUAGACAUUGAAGCGUCUAGGCUUCUGCCUUCCUAGUUGACGCAACUUGAUUCGAAAAUAAACGCGACUCGGCUACAAAUUCCGCUAACUUGACGCGAGCACAAAGCUCCAAGCUAGAUUUGGCCUAGUGUGAUCUGGGUGAUUUGUUCCUGUAUUAGAUGGCACAUGUUCAUCUUGCCUAUAAUACAGAACAAGCAUGAGAGCGCCAUCGUGUUUCGUGAUAUACGGCUGACAGCGUCACCGGUUCUGCUGUUUUAGCUGGCUUGGAUUUGUGAUGACAGUUGUUCUUACCGGUAUUUCUUCCUUCGUGUUGGUUAUUGAAAAAAAGAUGUAAAUUUACAUGCUGGAAAUAUUCAUCAGGUAUACGGCCUGGGAUACAAAGUUAAGGCUUGCCGAAGUUGGUCCGCGGGGGUGUCCGAACAAGCUUGGGCUUGGAAAUUUCAAAGCACGACACUACACCAAAGGGCAGCGCAGCAGCUUGCCGCUCUUCGGUUUUGAUUAGAUAGGUUCACAGCGUUUUCGGGAAUUCAUCAGCGAAGCAGCCUAGGCUCUAGCUUUUCACAAGCGCGAGUUCCUGCUUCGGAGGAAUUAGAGCGGUGCUCUUUCCUUCUGGGCGGUGAGUGAUGCGAUACAUAGAAACUUUUACGCGCUCGAAUUCUUUAGGCCCUUCUCCGUGCACUUGCAGGUGCUUGGGGACACGAGGGCCAUAGGGGUCACGACUGCUGUUAGUGUUGCAACGGCUUCUACAACCAUAUUCCCUUGAUUUCGAAUAUUCGAAGACUCCAACAGUCCUGCCGCCUCACCUCGCGCGCCGCUUGCACCAAGCUGAAAGAGAAGUGCGCUGCGCUUGCGCCAGCUUUUCGGAGCCGGAGCCGCCUUCCUUACGGCUUCCUUUCUUUUUAGGGUUGCACGCUGGAGCGCGCAGCAAGGGGCGAUAGAAUUUGUUUCGAAGAUCGAAGCUCGCUCGCGCCAUACGCUGGACUGAUUUUGGCCCGCUUUAACAGACGUUUCGACUUUGGCGGGUGCGGAGCCACAGUAUUCAACUUCCAAGCGUUACACCAGAGAGCAAGUCAGGCCACUGUCCCUGGAGCAGAGUAUCGAGAGCAUGAUUUUGGGAUCUCCGUUCUUGCGUCCUGCGCGUCUGUCUCCGUUUUCUAGUAUGGGAACAAGGAAUAGAGGCACUGUGGGAACCGCUCUGUGAUGCGAACGAGUUUGCAGCCUGUGUGCUAUCGUGGACGACUACUGCAGGGUAAACCACAACCAAAACGGACAGGCAUUUCGUGUGCCUAGAUUGCAUACUUAGGUUUUACCUUCUAGAUAAUACUUUCGUGUCACAGAGCAACCCGAAGCAGUGCCAGCGCCACUACAUCUUGAUAUUGGUUUCGUACAAGCCGAAGCCGAAGAAGCGGCCAGCUACGCUUCCGGACAAGGCGCCGAGCUUCUUACAGGCCAGAGCUGCGCCGCCUUAUCCCAUUUGCGAAUGUGCUCUCACAUACACAUAGGCUGCGUGGCGUUUUGGAUUUUGUGGUCUAGAUGCAUGAAAGAGUAUACAAUAGAGGCGCGCUCACGCAAAGCUGCUGCUUGCAUUACAAGUUUAACUGCGGGCAUUUUUAGUUUUUCUGUCAAAGAGAUGCCCAAAUUUGCCCGAAUGCCGUGUUUGGUUCUAGUAAGGGUAGCGUUCACAUCACGCGCAUUUUCUGUCUUUCGCAUGCGCAUACCGACGUAAUAAAACUUUUGUCACUUUCUAGCUCGACAUUUCAGGUCGGAACGUUCUCCCGCCCAGCACGGCUGCAAGCCUUGGACCAAGAAUUUAGUGAGCGCCCGCGCACUCGGAGGUGGAGGAUAACGAGAGCGUAAGGCAUUUAUAUUUAUCAGCUGCGCUUUUCGUUUUUGUUUUUGCUCCUUUUCCUUUUCUCUGUUUCCCUUUCCGCUUCCCGGGCCUCAGUGGCACCAAGCAGCUUUUCUUGUCUCUCUGAAAUCGUUUUUUCUUCGCUUGCUUAGAGGUGGGAACAGCCUUCAUGUCUGCCGGGCGGGGCGCUCGUACUCUCUGACGUCGUUCCCUUUACUUAUCCAUCAUCCCGCGCCCUGCUACUCGUCAUAUCAUCUUCUUCCACCCCGCUCUUGUCGCCGCGGAGGGUUUCGAUGGGUAGUUAUGGGUUUAGAUGUUUAGGGGUCCUAUUGGAAUGCCCCGCAGCCACAACGCCCCGCGCGGUCGUCUGUCGUGCCGGCUCCGAAGAGCCGGCGCCUGGCUCGCGCCCCGACUCUGCCGCCUCUUUGCACGGCUAUUGUUCCAUUGGUCUCGUGCCGCUGUCGCUUCCAAGGAUGAUGUGAAGCGUGCGCGAGAUAUAAGUCCAAAGCGCCGGCGUAGCAGUGCGUGGUGGUUUUCUUUACUCGAGGAUGAGCUCAUGGAGUCGCAUUCUGCAACGGAUUCAUCCCAGUCAUUCAAUGAGUGCGAAGCGUGUCGCUUUUUUUAUUGUUUGAGUAGAUCACUUACUUUGAUUUGUACUAAACAUGUGACCGGCGGCCUGUGAAGAUUCUAUCCAGAGCCGAUUCAUCCUGCCGUCCCGACGGCAAAGGUCUGGCACGGCUAGCGAAGAUAUCGACUCGCGCGAGAAGAAGCGAGCGCGCCAAAACAUGUUGAAGCAUGUGCCGCCGCCAUGAGCUGCCUGCUCUUUCGAGCGUGCUUCCGGAGGGCGGGGCGUGCUGCCGCUCUUCGCUAUCGCGAUGUUGCCACGCCCUUGGAUUCCAUUUGCUCCGCCGGGGCUGCGUUCUAAGCCCAUCGCAAAGCGUCCCGACGCCGCGCCUGGCAGCAGUGCUGCGGCGUGGUUCGUGGGAUGCCGUAAAUCACCGCGCGCAGGCUGCGCGCUCGGGCUUGUGGUCGGGUUCAGCGAGUGGCGCCGUUGCCACUUUUUUCAACUUGCCCGCGCCGCGGCCUGUGUGGUCGGGGUUUGCAUAUUAAGAAAGCAUCUGGUUUGAGCGCCCAGCGGAAAGAGCGCCCGAAUAAAAGGCGCGCAGGGCAAACAAGGUAUCAAAACCGCCCCGCAUUUGGCGGGACGGGGUCCGCAACCGGCUUUCUUGUCCCCGCCGCCUACCGAGCUCCGGGUAUGACCAGGCCGGGCCCAUGCCAUUGGGCAUCCUUUGCGGAGAUGCCUUUGCACAAUGCGGCCCCCGACCGCUGGCCGCUCGCGGAGAGGACCCGUGCUUCCUACGGCCGGCACGGCAGCGGUAGGGGGCUGCGGGCCCCCAGCCUCAGGUCGUAAGGCAACGCAUGCGGCCCCCGCACUGCUGCGGCGCCGCAGUGUCGGAGGUUGCUGCCGCAUGUUGUGUGGCCGCCCGCUUUUUCGGUGUUGCCUGGCCGGACUUUGGCAUCGAGUCUCUUUCUUUGACGGCUCGUUCUUUGACGCAUGGAUCGAUGCAAGAAAGCGUUUGCGGCUCCUGCACUUCAGCUACAGCGGCUGUUGUUCUCGACAUGUUCUGUUUCUUUUUCCGAUGCCUAGAAUAGAAAUUUUUAAUGCACCCCCAGGGGCUCGUCGACCCUUUUGGACGAGGAGGCGCCGACGCAACAAGCGGAGCAUCGGCAGCAUAGAAUGCCAAAGGGGUAACAUGGCGUGUUGUUUUGCUUAUUAGUUGAUAUUUCUAUGCGGUUACGCGCUGCCCCUGCCCCAUUAUAUUGCGGGAACUGUUCUGCGGCCACGCCGGUGACAGAUCGCAAGCGCAAUAGUCGCUUGGCAGCCAUAGCGCAAGUACAUUUUUAGCGCUCGACUUUGAACCUGCUCUGGCGAAUGCAUAGUCUUUCAGAUUUACGCAGCAAUGACUUCAACAACUUUCUUCUCAGGAUGCACUUUGCAAAUGGCGUUCCGGACGGUGCCACGCUGUUGGAGAGGGCCCGCCGAGCCUAUGCUAAGAGGCACGAAGUAUGCUGCGCAAAUUUCUCUUUGGAAUGCAAGAAGAAGAACGCGACGCAAUCCAUUGAUUUUUGAGAUACAAGUGGGGAUAGACAUAGACCAAAGCACGCAACUUCUGCAUCAGAAAUUGAAAUCUUCGGCUCUGCAUCACAAAUUUUCGGAUUCAUCUUUCAUCUUUCCUGUUUUUCAUUUUCUUUGAUGCUCGUGCUUUUUCCUUGGAAGUAGACGUGGCAGCGUCUUUUUAUCAUGUCUGGACAAACGAAAGCUAAUUCGUCCUUUUUGCAUUGCUCAAUUCAUCGGCCAGUGCCAGGAUUUCGUUCAUAAAAGUGUACUCUGCCUGUAAAGUUUCACCACAGCGCGGCGGGCUUAGUUUUAUUUUCGCGGAAAACUUGACAUGGCCGACAGAUGGGACCUAGGAUAGAACUGGUAGGUGUACGCGUGCACGGAGCUGCAUGAGCAUCAAUGGCAUAGGUUCUCAAUGUCUCGACGCCUCGAGACGGCCAAACGAGAACGCAUUCGGGCGGGGUAUGCGCAUGUAGCUAUACUUGGGCGGCUGACAAAUGACGGCUAGCGAAGCCAGCACGCCUAUGCAAUAGGACCGGCAUACGCAUAUGCUCUGCGUUUGCUAGUCUAAGACCCAAUUGGCAGGUAGAUCAGGAUCGCAAAAAAAAAGUAAAAAGAAAGCCAGCGGCUUGAAGAAUCGACUCAAGAAAGACUACGCACUCUGUGCGGCAUUUCUGCUUUGCUGGUUCCCUUGCCCUGAAGCGCGGCGCUUUUCUGACAAAGGCGAUCCCGAUAGUGCGUGCGUAUCUACUUCGCGAAGCGCAAGUGUGGGCUUCUGGAUUAAAGUUUCUUAAAUUUGCAAAGUUAAGUAUAAACUCGCCGGCAAAUUUUACUGUUGAAUAGCCAUGCAACAAAUUGGCGCGCAAAGUUUGUCCAAUUCGUGAGACGCAGAGCUAGCUGCGCGCUUCUUUUUUCUUCGUUUCUUGUUCAAGAGAACAGCCACGGGCAGUAUGUUUCGAGUUUCAAAGAGAAAGCAUUGACGCGAGAGGCCCUGGGGGUGCAGGACAUGAAUAAAGACGCAAGCGGGCAACACAAGAAAAGAUAUGGCAUACGGCGCGCGUCAGCCGGCGCUGGAAAGGCAAAAAACGGAGAAGCGGUCUGGCUGCGGAGGUCCUUGGCCGCGAGCGCAUAUUGUGCAGGACUCCUGCUAGGCAGCCCGGCUCAUUGGGGAUCUUGCAUACCUUUUAUGCCGGUUUUUUUGACACCGCGGGACCACCGUGACAGACCGUAGGCGAAGGGGGGGCUGCAGCCGUGCUGUUUGUCGGAGCUUAGGACUAGGUUGUAUGAGGAGGGCCGCGGCGCUGCAAGAGGUGGAGCGCGGCAGUGGCAGCCCCCAUCGGGCGGCUGGUUCCUUGCUGUUAAAAUGGGUGGGGCAACGUCAGCGGGCGCGCGGCAGUGGACGUCUACUGCUGCAGAGAAUUUGCUGCACAGGAGUUGCGUGGCAGUGCAUGCGAGACUGUCCACCGUCCACCUUGCGCCCGUGUUAGUCUCGUUCUGCGAGAUGUGUCCUCAGUGUUAAGAAAAAACAAAGCGCGAAAUUCGUCGCGAAGACACCAGAGAGCCGUAAGGCGUCAACCUUACGCAAAGUGGGCGCGCCAAAAUACUUGGGCGCGACCUGCGGCGCCAAACUUUUUCACAUUUAGCACCCGCGCCGCUGGACCAAUGGGACAAGGCAGCAAUCAGUGCGAGCAAUCUAGCCACUGAAGAGAAAUUUGCACGGCAUACGGAGCGAAGACGGUCCGCAAAAUACAAUCGAUGUACAAACAGGAGAGCGCAGCGUAUGCUCAAACUAUCUUGCGCCGGAUUUACGUGCGUGCGUGUGUAUCGUGUGGCAGAACGUCAGUUCCACGUUGCAGGUUCGCGUUUUUAGUGACCCGAAAGAAAAGGGCGCAGGGCUUCAGAAUAGAUACUAUAAGCGCCGUAGGCCCUCGCACAUGUUUGGCGCACUACCUCGGAGGUCGCCUGCAAAUUGAUCCCUCAGAUUUUUGAGCAGUUUGCAUGGGUUCCCAUGCCUAGAUGCUCAUCACGAAAUGUGCGUAACGUGUAUGGUUGUUUCACUAACUUAAUCGAGCAACCAAACCAAAUUCCGUGCCUCGUGCCACUUUUACCCGCCGGAGGAGAUAGAAGGCUCUUCCGAGGGUAGAUUUGGUUGAAGGUGCAAAGCGAGAACGCCACCGGCUCUCUCGGCUGGCAUUCCUAGCGCGACAACAGCCCUCGCAGGAUCAGGGUACUGGCCCUUCUCGCGCCAGCGCGGUUUCUUUGACUGGGAUCUGCCGUGCUUAUCGGAGUGGAGCCGCGUGGUCGCCUUUUAUGGCUGCAGAGAGAUCGGGAACAGUCGCGGCGCAGGUAGAGGAGGACUCCGAUCUGUGACUCGCGGGAGUUCUGCCAACCUCGGCCCCCGCCCACCGGGAUACUAGGAGCGCCCGGGGUAUUGCGGGGGGCGCUCGCGUUGCUUGGGGCCGGGAGUCAUAAAUGGGUGGCGUACAGAUAUCAUAUUGGCACCCCGAGGCCCCAGCGCAGAGCCGCCGGCCCCCAUUUUCUGAGACCACAUCGACCGCACACGCUGGCGCACCAAUGCCGGUCGCGCUGCGUGCUUAUUCAGGGCCCCGGACAGGAGGUCCGAAUCAGGCCCGCUGGUGGGCGGCGACCGAGAACGGGGGCGCUAGCCAGGCAGCCUGGCCCCAGCGCCCCUCUUCGCUCUUGCGCCCUGCCGUUGCUGCGUGCCGCGCGGCUGGCUUGGCGCCCCGCCGUUUUCUUCGCGCGUCGGGGCCUCGUAUCUCUUUCUCGAUCGUCGGAUGGCCACCGACGCGGGGUGCGCCGCCGGGGAAUUCGUUUUGCUUUUGUUUCGUUAAAGCGGCCAGACUCUUGGGCGCGUAGUUCACGGAGGCCAGCAGCCAAGGCUCCCCCACGAUCUCCGAGGCGGCCGAAGCAUUCUGUUCUAGGCAUGGAUGGGGGUGGCGGCGAUUCCUUUGCAGCAACCCGCCCCCGGCUGCGCCUACUGGCCGGGGUUGAGCGGCGGCCGGCGGCGCGGCUUUCCUUUGCGGCGUCCGUUUCCCGCUGAGCAGCGUGCGAAUUAUUGAAAGCACUGCAAAGAAAUGGGCCCAAGCCCAAUCGCGUGAGCGAAUCGCAGCAGUCGGAUUUCUUUCUGUCGUUCUUUGCGGGGUUUGGGCACGCAGUCCCGCAAUAUCACAAAAUACACAGCCCUCUGGCGCAAUGGGCUUGCGCUAUUUGCGUGCUCGCUUGUGCGCCCAACCAUGUUUCGCACGCGGCGGCGCCGGGCGAAGAAUCAAACUGGUCGGCGCCUUCCCAUGGGCGCGCCAGGGUCCCACUGCAGCCGCCCGCCCUGAUCGCGGUGUGUCCGUGUCAUAUAGUUCCUCUCCGUGUAGUCAGAACUUGCACGGCAGCCGACCAGCACGGGGGCUCUGGCCAGCCAUUGCGCCGCAGCCAACUUUGUCACCCAUGCGUGGGAAUUCGGUUCGUGGCCCUAGCAGUGCGCCCGGCUACAGGCGAAAGCAGGCAGCGCAGCCAGGAUAAACGGGGCCCGCGCGAAUGGAGCCGGGAGUCUUGCCCGAGAAAAGGCCCCGCGCGGAUUCUCGUGGGAUUCAAGAAUAGAAAUGGCGCGCGCUGUAUAUUUGUCCGCCAAGCAGCCCACCGAACGGCGCACGCGGAGGGACUUGCUAUAAGGCGUAGGCCCCGAGGCCCUUUGUUUGGCUUCUCUUUUAUGGGCGUCGGUUGUCGGGGCGCUUGGUCCGUGUGAUGCAGACACCAGGCACAGCGCCGCAGCUCAGGCCGGCGCGGGCGUGCUGGUGUUGUGGCGGUGCUUCGGUGAGCGGCAUGCGCCGGCCAACUGGCUGGCUUUCUGCCUGGCGUGCCCGCCGCCUGAAAUUGCCGCAGCCGUGUUGCCGCAGUCAAUCACGCAAAGAACGAAAGUCCUGGCGCCUUCUAGUAUCGCGGCAGGUGGAAUUGUGACGCCCGUAGGCGUGGUGCUGGCGCGAAUGUGAAGCGUGUGCGGCUCACUCUUCUCCAAUAGCUCAAUAGGAUCCGCGUUGUCGACAAGAGCCUCGACCAUCCGAUCUGUUUUAGAUGCGCUACCUCUCAUCGUCAGACUCGUCCUGCUGGCAUAACGCUUCGCCAGUGCUGAGAUCUUUUCAGGUCUACUCCUACUGCUGCGGGAGAAAAUUGCGCAUACUAAAGACUACGUAAGACAGAAGAAGAACGAAAGCAGUUCACAGCGCGUCUUUUUCGUUAUCGCAAAAGGAAAAGACCCAGAGGGAAAGAAAUGUGGAGCAUGAGCCGGCGUUUGGCAGUAAUUGUAAUGAAAUGAAUGUCAAGACUGUGCCUGCGCCCCAGCCCUGCACGCGUAGCUCGGCGAAACCGUGGAGGCGUCCCUAAAAACACGCCUGCGGAAGGUGGACGUUUUCCGAUGCAAUACCGCGAGCACGUGACUCGAGCGCAAAACCCUGCGUCGUGCAGCAGCCACGCAUUCGGCGACUUUCCCAGGUCCGUUCUGUCGGCUACGUCACGGCAUCCGAUUGGCGGGCACAGUCUCCUCCAGGCGGGUAGAUCGGCGCCCCUGUUCUCGCGUGAGCGGUUGGGCAAGGCGGACGACUAUUUGGUGGACACGAACCUACUUCGCUACGAUUUUAUCAUAUACAUAAUUCAAAACGUGCACGCCACGCCAUGGAUAGGCACUGUGCCUCUUGCUUACUCUUACUGCCAGGGCCGGCUAGGCAUGGAAGCGUGUCUCUUUUCGUGCAGCGAUGGGUUCGCAAUCGCAUCGUAAGGGCUUAGCUAUGGGACAGACGCGUAGUGGGCAUGUUUUGUUAUGAUAGACUGUUUACCAGCUGAGGAUCUUAGUGUUCCGUGGUUUAGCCACAGACCCGGUUUGGGGGGGAGCGGCUAUUGCUUGUCGCGCAAAUAGCGUGAGUGUGCCCGGCAGUGGAUUUUUGAAGUGUUUGUCAGGUCUUCCAAGAAGUUCGCUAAUCCCGAUGAGUUUCUGCUUUUCUAAAUCGUGCGACACAAUUGAGGACCAAGUAAAUAGAGCCCGAAGCGAAUCUCAAGAAACCUGAUCGGCUUACUUAUGUUUGCCUUCAAUCUAUGUCUAUCACUUGUUUUUUUAAAACAGGAUUUUUUUUCAUCGCAUAAAGGAAAUCUUGUGUCAGUCAGCUUUCUUCCAAUUUCGAUUUCUCUGUUCUACAUUGAUUUCGCCAGAAAGUUAUACGAAUGUAAAAACUUCUUGAAUUAUAGCGCGACGCAUAGCAGUCAAUGUCAUGUUGAAUUAAGGAACGGGCGCGCGCUUGGCCUUUGGGAUCAGUCAGUGGCGUCAUUUGUACUUAGAUUAGUAAUUUCGCAUUAAAUUUGAAAAUUGUGAUAAUUCUCACACUACUUUGUGUGCGCACAAACAGUGCUGGCACAUCUCCACAAUCAAUCUGAUACUUCAAAACUCUCUCACCUUUGACGGGCAGAUCAUGUUAAUCGAUCACUCCCUAUUCAUUAUCAUUUCGUUCUCUGCUGCCAGAUUUUUUGCUGGCAACGAGCACUCGAAGCGCAAAACGAGGAAU